GGAAGGAACGACUGGCCUGGCCCGAGGACUCGGGGUGGAAGUGAGGGGCUGGCCCAGGCGGGACGGUGGAAGUGCCGAAAAGGAAGGGGAGAGGGGAGGCGGGGCGCCCCCUGCGGGAAGCGGGCGCGUCCCGGAGAAUGAGCUCCUCCUCAGGCUGCCCUGUCCAGAAGUGAGUGUGGGAGGAAGACCUUGCCAGCCCGCAUCGUGGCGUGAUCGGGCCUGACCGCAGACCUCUCCUGGCGCGCCUGCUUUCGUCCCUUCUUUAGACGCGGAAGACACCCACGGAGCGACCACUAAGUAUCUGUGUGUGUGGCUUUCCUGAAGCUAAACUUGUAUUCCACAGCAGGUCAGCACGGUAGUGUGCCUCGUGUACACCACCGCGUGUAAGGAAACAGAAUCAAGAUUUAUGCCAAUCCACUUUUCCAGAUUUGGAGUUGUGAUCCCCAGACCCAAACGUCAGUCUCCGUACUGAAAGUGUCGCCUCUGAGACAGUUUGCUCUGCUGCACUUGUGGUUCUUUGCUAUGGAGCUUGCACUUGUAUGCAGUCCACGCUCCAAAAUACGCUUUUUGAAGAGAAGAGCAUAAACCAAUAGGUUUGAAAUUGGUAAAUUCCUUUGGUCUCUUGAAAACCAGGAUCUUGACAAGGAAUUUCGAUUAUUCCCUUGUCUAAUAACCACGUGGGAAGGUACUUGCAUAGGAGGAGUAAUGGUCGUUGCCAAGACAACCUUCUGUUAGCUAUUGCCAUUUCAGUAAGAAAAAUAUAAUUGCAUAUUAGAGACAAUAUCUACGGAAUAAUGUUAAUCAAAAUACAAAGAGAAAAGUCUAUUGUAGUCCUUUGAACUUUUGGUCAAUUGAAAGUUAAAGAGAAAACUUUUAAACUAUAUUGCUACAUUUCACUGACAGAGUAAGUUUUUUUCUUUGAUUCAUUAUAUUUAAUGCCUCAGGAUCAUUCUGAAUUUACUACCGCUAUGUAAUAUUUAAUUGUAAAUGCAGAAUGUAAAUUAUUUGGCUGUGUGCUCUGAAAAUUCCUUUCUCAAUUAAAUUAUUGAUUUUAUUGUGAUUUUUGUUUCUUAUAGUAAUGAAAAAUUUCUUCGGGUCUUUGAAAGUUUAAUAAACUGCAUUCUAAUUAAUUUAGUUUUUAAGGAGAACUCUUGUCAUUGUUAAAUACAAUUGAAUAUAUUCUUGGUACUCAUUUAAUGCAAUAAACACCUUCAGCAUAAAAAGAAGCUGUCAAAUAAGUUCCUUAGAAAUUGUUUUACAGCCUAUCCAUAUAAUAAAAGAAAUUGCAAGCGAAACACUGGAAGAGAUGUCAGAAGAUUCGGAAAAGGAAGAUUAUUCAGACAGAACAAUCAGUGAAGAAGAUGAAUCAGAUGAGGAUACAUUCAUGAAAUUUGUAAGUGAAGAUAUUCAUCAGUGUGCACUUUUAACAGCUGACUCUAUUGGUGAUGCAAUCUUCCCCCGGACUACACAGAUACUAUUGGAAUAUCAGCUAGGAAGAUGGGUGCCACGUCUUCGUGAACCACGAGAUUUAUAUGGUGUCUCUUCUUCUGGUCCACUGAGCCCAACACGGUGGCCAUACCACUGUGAGGUCAUUGAUGAAAAAGUCGAGCAUAUUGAUUGGACUCCUUAUCCUGAGCCAGUAUAUAUUCCAACAGGCCUAGAAAUGGAACCCAUUUAUCCAGACUCCAAGGAAGAUACUGUAGUUUAUCUAGCUGAAGAUGCUUACAAAGAGCCCUGUUUUGUGUAUUCUCGAGUUGGGGGCAAUCGAACACCCUUGAAGCAACCUGUGGAUUCCUGUGACAACACUUUGAUGUUUGAAGCAAGGUUUGAGAGUGGUAAUCUACAGAAGGUAGUCAAAGUGGAAGAACACGAAUACCAGCUGACUUUGCGCCCUGACCUCUUCACGCAUAAACACACCCAGUGGUACUAUUUCCAAGUCACUAACACCCAAGCAGGAAUAGUCUACAGAUUCACUAUUGUCAAUUUCACCAAGCCUGCUAGUCUUUACAAUCGGGGUAUGCGCCCACUGUUCUAUUCUGAAAAAGAAGCCAAGGCUCAUCGUAUUGGCUGGCAGAGAAUAGGAGAGCAAAUCAAAUAUUAUAGGAACAACCCUGGGCAAGAUGGGCGCCAUUAUUUCUCUCUCACGUGGACAUUUAAAUUUCCACACAGCAAAGAUACGUGCUACUUUGCUCACUGCUAUCCCUACACUUACACCAACCUGCAAGAAUACCUUUCUGGCAUCAACAAUGACCCAGUACGGUCAAAGUUUUGUAAAAUACGUGUCCUGUGCCACACACUUGCUAGGAACAUGGUGUAUGUUUUAACGAUCACCACCCCCUUGAAGAACACUGACUCCAGAACCCGAAAGGCUGUGAUUCUGACUGCGAGGGUCCAUCCAGGGGAAACCAACAGCUCUUGGAUCAUGAAAGGCUUCCUAGAUUAUAUUUUAGGAGACUCAAGGGAUGCACAGUUGCUUCGGGACACUUUCGUCUUCAAGGUGGUACCCAUGCUGAAUCCAGAUGGUGUGAUUGUGGGAAAUUAUCGGUGUUCCUUGGCUGGACGGGAUUUAAACCGUACUUACACAUCUCUCCUGAAGGAAUCUUUUCCUUCUGUGUGGUAUACCCGGAACAUGAUCCGUAGAUUGAUGGAGAAACGAGAGGUUCUUUUAUAUUGUGAUCUUCAUGGCCAUAGUAGAAAAGAGAAUAUUUUCAUGUAUGGCUGUGAUGGUAGUGAGAGAUCUAAAUCAUUAUACUUACAGCAACGAAUCUUUCCACUUAUGUUGAGCAAAAAUUGCCCUGAUAAAUUUUCAUUCUCAGCUUGCAAGUUUAAUGUUCAGAAGAGCAAAGAAGGAACAGGAAGGGUAGUAAUGUGGAAAAUGGGAAUCAGAAACAGCUUUACCAUGGAGGCCACCUUUUCUGGAUCUACUCUGGGUAAUAAACGAGGCACUCAUUUCAACACAAAAGACUUGGAGUCAAUGGGAUACCAUUUUUGUGAUUCUCUCUUGGACUAUUGUGACCCUGACCGCACCAAGUAUUAUCAGUGCCUCAAAGAAUUAGAAGAAAUGGAAAAACAUUUAAGCUUGGAAAAAGUCUUUGAUGAUUCAGAUACUUCUUUGGUAGAAAUUACAUUGGAUCCAGAGUCUAGUAGCCGAGGCUCUGACAGUUCAGAAUCCAAUGACUCUCCGACUUAUCUUCCUAACUUAGCUUCUCAGAUGAAAACCAGGAAAAGAUAUCUUAAAACAAAGAAGGAAAGGAAUUCUACCAUAGUAAAGCACUAUGAUGCCAGAGAAGAGCAAGAGGUGUAUGACAGAGAAUCUUUACUACAAAAACACAUAGAAUCAAAUUCUGAUGUGAAAGAUACAAGGCCAAAGGAAGCAGAUGAUUAUAUGGUUGAUUAUUUUAGAAGACAGUUGACUGAUCAAGGUUUGGGUAAAGAUAGCAGAGUCAUGCCGUGGAAGCAUUCUGGGGCCAUAAAUACAGUGAAAAUACCUGAACGAGUCCCUUAUUGGCUUCUAAAAAAAUACUUAAGCUCCCAAAGUAUGAUUCAGAGUCAUAGCAAAGACCAACAAAGACAUUUUUUAGAAACAAGUAAGAGGCCAUUCCAGGAAACAAUUCAGCUCAAGGGAACUGAUAUGUAUGGAAAUGCUUUCAAAGUGACAUCCUUGAAGUGUUCUAUGAGCAAACAAUCUUCCUCUUGGACUGGGAAAACAAGAAUACCAACAGAAGAUCCACAUCACACCUUAAAAAGCAAAAUGAAAGAAUGUACAUCUUUCCAAAGCAAGAAGAGUGGCAGAAAUUGGACAGAUGAUGAAAAAAGAAUCUACAGAAAUAAAAGAAUAGCUCAAACUCAAGAAAUAUUACAAUAUUUGCUCCCUAUCAUUGAUAGCACUAAAAACAUACAAACCACUCAGAUAAAACAGCUAUUCAGUAUGAGAACCAACUUCCAAAUCCAGCAUCAACUAAAGCCAACUACUUGCAUAAAUAUAAAGAGAUACAGCACAUCUUGGACACCACCCAAAAAUCAUCCUUCUAUAACCCAAAGUACUUUUACGCCAAACUCUUCAGAAUGGUUCCAGUCUAUGUCCUAUAGGCCGUUUGAAAGUUUGUCACCUCUCAAAGGCCCCAAGAAGAGGAAAAAACAUUCUCGAAUAGAGGCCAUAAAGAAUGAAGACAUGAAAUCUCUCACCAGCAAACGGGAGACUGCUCCUUCAAGUUUUGGAGCAGAUGCAAAUAAUAUAAAAGAUGAGCGUCUUCAAUCUGGAGCAUCCAACAAGCAAAGCUCUAAGCAUGUAACCCCCCAUCUAACUAAAAAUAAGGAGGAGAAACUAAAUAAGAAGGGUGGACAAUCCAUCUUCCGUCUGAAGUUGGAAAGGGACAGUUAAUCUAGCUUUAGGCUGCUCUAAAAAUUGUGGAUGAAAGAUAACAUAUGCCUACAUAUUUUAUUUUUGUCAACAUGGAAAAAAAUCUCUGAACUUUUUAUUUCUUUCAAAAUUACUUUGCAUACAAUGCCAGAAACUAAGAACUCAAGGAAGGAAUGACACGCACUAUACCACUGAUUUUAAUCUCCCUACUAAGCAUUUGAAUGAAUCAGUCAACAAACAUGAUUUCCUGAAUUUCUGUUAUAUUGUUGGCAUAUUAGGAACCAGUGGUGAUAUAAAAGACAUUUCUCUCCACUAGAAGAUUAUCAUAAAAUUUUACAGAUAAAAUAUACAUGAAUAAAAUGAUUACAGAAUUAAAAAGUG